UUCAGCUUCUUCUUUUCUUCCCCAACAAAUUAAAAAAAUAUAUAUUUAAAAUAAAAGUGUCGAAAGAGAGUAGAAAAAGCUGAGAUCUUUAACAUUUUUACAUUAUUUUCAUUAAUAAAAAAACAGCCAUUGAAGCUGUGAAGGAAUAAAAAUGGAGAGUUACCUCAACCAGAAUUUCGACGUUAAGGCGAAGCACUCGUCAGAGGAAGUGCUCGAGAAAUGGCGGAAUCUCUGCGGCGUCGUCAAGAACCCAAAACGCCGUUUUCGCUUCACCGCCAAUCUCUCCAAACGUUACGAAGCCGCCGCUAUGCGCCGCACCAAUCAGGAGAAAUUAAAAGUUGCAGUUCUCGUCUCAAAAGCUGCAUUCCAAUUUAUCUCCGGUGUUUCUCCAAGUGACUACACUGUCCCUGAAGAGGUUAAAGCUGCAGGCUUUGACAUUUGUGCAGAAGAGUUAGGAUCAAUAGUGGAAGGUCAUGAUGUGAAGAAGCUCAAGUUCCAUGGUGGAGUUGAUGGGCUUUCAGGGAAACUCAAGGCAUGUCCUGAUGCUGGUCUCUCAGGAGAAUCCGACCAGUUAAGCAAAAGGCAGGAGCUUUUCGGAAUCAACAAGUUCGCAGAGAGCGAACUGAAAAGCUUCUGGGUGUUUGUUUGGGAAGCUCUUCAAGAUAUGACGCUUAUGAUUCUUGGAGUUUGCGCUUUCGUCUCUUUGAUCGUUGGCAUUGCAACUGAAGGAUGGCCUCAAGGUUCACAUGAUGGUCUUGGCAUUGUCGCUAGCAUCCUCUUGGUCGUGUUCGUCACAGCGACGAGUGAUUACAGACAGUCUUUGCAGUUCCGUGAUUUGGACAAAGAGAAGAAGAAGAUCACUGUUCAGGUUACAAGAAACGGGUUUAGACAGAAGAUGUCUAUAUACGAGUUGCUCCCUGGUGACAUUGUUCAUCUUGCUAUUGGAGAUCAGGUUCCUGCGGAUGGUCUUUUCCUCUCAGGCUUCUCUGUUGUGAUCGACGAAUCGAGCUUGACUGGUGAGAGUGAGCCUGUGAUGGUGAGUUCACAGAACCCUUUCCUUCUCUCUGGAACCAAAGUGCAAGAUGGGUCAUGUAAGAUGAUGGUUACAACGGUUGGGAUGAGAACACAAUGGGGAAAGCUAAUGGCGACUCUUAGCGAAGGAGGUGAUGACGAGACUCCAUUGCAGGUGAAACUCAAUGGAGUCGCAACCAUCAUUGGCAAAAUCGGUCUUUUCUUCGCCAUUGUUACGUUCGCUGUUUUGGUUCAAGGAAUGUUCAUGAGGAAAGUUUCAAUGAACACUCACUGGAGUUGGUCAGGAGACGAAGCCUUAGAGCUUUUGGAGUACUUUGCUAUCGCUGUGACGAUCGUCGUCGUCGCGGUUCCUGAAGGUUUGCCUUUAGCUGUGACGCUUAGCCUCGCUUUCGCUAUGAAGAAGAUGAUGAACGACAAGGCUCUUGUUAGACACUUGGCAGCUUGUGAGACGAUGGGAUCCGCGACUACUAUUUGCAGUGACAAGACUGGUACAUUAACAACCAAUCACAUGACCGUUGUGAAGUCUUGUAUCUGUAUGAAUGUUCAAGAUGUAGCAAGUAAAGGCUCGAGCUUGGCAUCUGAGAUCCCUGAGUCUGCUCUGAAACUGCUUCUUCAGUCGAUUUUUAAUAACACUGGAGGGGAAGUUGUUGUGAACAAACAUGGCAAGACAGAGAUCUUGGGUACACCAACAGAGACUGCUAUAUUGGAGUUAGGACUUUCUCUUGGAGGUAAGUUUCAAGAAGAGAGACAAUCUUUCAAAGUUAUCAAAGUUGAGCCUUUUAACUCAACAAAGAAGAGAAUGGGAGUAGUCAUUGAGCUCCCUGAAGGAGGACGAACCCGAGCUCACACGAAAGGAGCUUCAGAGAUAGUCUUAGCGGCUUGCGACAAAGUUAUCAACUCGAGCGGCGAGGUUGUUCAGCUUGAUGAAGAAUCAAUCAAGUUCUUGAAUGUUACAAUCGAUGAGUUUGCAAACGAAGCGCUUCGCACUCUCUGCCUCGCUUACAUGGAUAUCGAAAACGGGUUUACUCCGGAUGAAGGCAUACCGGCUUCCGGUUUUACUUGCAUAGGGAUUGUUGGUAUCAAAGAUCCGGUUCGUCCUGGUGUCAGAGAGUCCGUGGAGCUUUGUCGCCGUGCUGGUAUCAUGGUGAGAAUGGUUACAGGAGAUAACAUCAACACAGCGAAAGCUAUCGCUAGAGAAUGUGGGAUCCUCACUGAUGAUGGUAUAGCCAUUGAAGGUCCUGUGUUCAGAGAGAAGAAUCAAGAAGAGUUACUUGAACUCAUCCCCAAGAUUCAGGUGAUGGCUCGUUCUUCUCCCAUGGACAAGCAUACACUUGUGAAGCAAUUAAGAACCACUUUUGAUGAAGUUGUUGCUGUGACUGGUGAUGGGACAAACGAUGCACCAGCACUUCAUGAAGCUGACAUUGGAUUAGCCAUGGGCAUUGCAGGAACUGAAGUGGCGAAAGAGAGUGCAGAUGUAAUCAUUCUCGACGAUAACUUCAGCACGAUCGUGACAGUGGCGAAAUGGGGACGUUCUGUUUACAUAAACAUUCAGAAAUUCGUGCAGUUUCAGCUAACAGUCAAUGUUGUUGCCCUAAUUGUUAACUUCUCUUCAGCUUGCUUGACUGGAAGUGCUCCUUUAACUGCUGUUCAACUGCUUUGGGUGAACAUGAUAAUGGACACACUUGGAGCUCUUGCUCUAGCUACAGAGCCACCUAACAACGAGCUGAUGAAACGUAUGCCCGUUGGGAGGAGAGGGAACUUCAUUACAAACGCAAUGUGGAGGAACAUCUUAGGACAAUCUGUGUAUCAGUUCGUCAUCAUUUGGUUUCUACAAGCCAAAGGGAAGUCAAUGUUUGGUCUUGCUGGUUCUGAUUCCACUCUUGUGUUGAACACACUUAUCUUCAACUGUUUCGUCUUCUGUCAGGUCUUCAAUGAGAUAAGCUCGAGGGAGAUGGAAGAGAUCGAUGUGUUCAAAGGCAUACUCGACAACUAUGUAUUCGUGGUUGUGAUUGGUGCAACGGUUUUCUUUCAGAUCAUUAUCAUUGAGUUCUUGGGAACAUUUGCAAGCACCACACCUCUCACCAUAGUCCAAUGGUUCUUUAGCAUCUUCGUUGGCUUCUUGGGAAUGCCGAUUGCUGUUGGUUUGAAGAAAAUAGCAGUGUGAUAUCGAAGAAGACACAAUGCUGAUAUAAACCCAUUUGCUCUUAUAGAAUAGAAGUUCCUAUUGAUGGCUACAUGCAAAGUUUUUGCAAUUUUUUUUUCCUUUUUUUUGUUUCAUUGUUGACUAAGUUUGAGUUGAUAGGUUAAGGAUAAUUAAUCUACUCAUCCAAUUUUUGUAAUUUCUUUGUUAUUGAAAUGAAUCUAAUCUUAUCAAAAAGAAAA